AAACGCGCGUCCUGGAUUCCACUGUUAGCUACUGUCCAUCUUUGCUUAUAAAUAAAAAUGUAAUAUUGUAUGGGGAAAAAAUUCGACUAUUUACUUAAAUGGCUUAUAAAAAAUAUAAUUCUUCACCGAUAAACUAGAAAACCAGGGAACUUGGAAUAACAAUCAUAACUUCACUCAAUACUGUAAACUUUCUUACAACAUGAGAUUCCCAAUACUAACAGUGUAGCAUUAUAACAAAUUACCGUUCACCAAUCAUUCAGAAAUUAUAAAUGAUAAAUAUUCUUUCAGUUAUCAGUACUUACCACUCAUCUAGUCAUGAAAACUUUCUACCAGUUUAGCUGUUACAACUAUUUUUUGGAAGGGGAGUACAUCACGAACAGGAUGUGUUAAUUUGAAUACAUGUUCCGGUUAUUUUUUUUCUUAAGAGAUAGACAAGGAGUAAAAUGUGUCAACCAAUGUAGUACUUCUGUUCAAUGUUUUUCAGGAUUUAGUAUUGCAAUAAUUCGUAAAUCCUUUACAAUAGGACGCAAAUAUAUGUACAUUUAACAUUCAUGAUUAUUCAGUUCAAACAAAUCUAUACCAGAAAUGUUAAUUGAAACUUUCUGUACAGCGGAAAAAAAUAUGAUUUAUCUGGUAUUUUCGAACAUUUUCCCUUUCAUUUACUGAGUGAAAUACUCCUGUCUAAGGUACCUGAAAAGUAGACUGAGUUAAAAAUGAUUUCGAGUCUCAGGUAGUGUGAGUUCACUUCCCCAGGGACAUCUAAUGGAGACCAGUCACACUGUUUUUUUGGUUAGUAUUUUUAAUUGAUUUAGGUAUGCAUUUUGAAGCCCUUGUCGCUAACGACGGAAAUCCGCGGGGCAAAGUGAGAUGUAUUAUUUUCAAGGUCAAACUUUUCUAAUCCCCUCCUUUUUUUUCGUAGGAAGGCAGCGUUGCUGAUGUUGGUUUUCUGGAGGAAACACUUUACUACAAUCACGACUAAGUGCGGCUGGUAGUAUAACUUCAUCCUCGGACCAUGAUUUUGAUAUUUUCAGUGCUAUCACUCACUAACCGACCUAUCUGAUAUGAUAGGACCUAUAGAAAUAAGUGCUCCAAUCAAGAAAGCUCGACUGCCUCACUGCAGUAUGCAUGGCAGACCACCACGUUGAGUUAGCAGUUAUGUAUAUUGGUAAGAGCCAGAUGAGCUUUCUCAAUCCAAGUCAUUUUCUUCAGUGUUGGGGAUGUCAAAUCCCCAGAACUUACUUGGUAAAUGGCUUAAUCUUGUAGUUUUAUUUUGAAAUUUGAAUUUAGCUGUUUUCGCGCCAAAAGCGCUCUUUUUACCUUCACGUCAUAUUUCCCACCUGUAAACUAUCUUAACCGCUAUUGGUCCAUUGUUUCUUUGUGUGUGCUAUUUACCAGUGAUGCUCAAGGAUAAAUUGUUGUUGUAUAAAUGCGCUUGACUUUUUCCCUUAUUUGAUUGCUUGUACUCGGCUGCUUACGGAAUACAUAUAUAUUCCCCUACUUGCCUUGGACUUCUUCAUCUAGUUAGCGGGGCCUGGGACAACAGAUUAGAGUAGCUUAUCGUGUCAUUGGCUUUCGUUCGUUACCGCGGAAUCGAUUUAGUGUCAAGCAUAACAAUUGGCGACGGUGGUUUGGAAACAUGGAUCCUUCUAAACUCGAAUCAUUACUUGAACAGCAGCUGAAGCUCAUACAAAUGCUGACAGACAUGAAAGUUUCGCCCCCUUCACAGCCUAGCACGGCUAAUGCAACCACAGCACCAUCAGUAGACGGCAUCGCAAAUAGUAUUGCCGAGUUUCAUUAUGAUCCUGAUGCAAACGUUACUUUUGACAUGUGGUUCCGGCGUUAUGAAGACCUAUUUAAAUUUGAUUUUGCUAAACAAGAUGAUGCUUGGAAGGUACGACUGCUACCUCGGAAGUUGGGUACAAGUGAGCUGGACAGGUACUGCAAUUUGAUCCUGCCAUUGAAUCCACGUGAUCGCUCUUUCGCAGACACAGUCCAGACACUAAGCCAACAUUUUGGGGACAAUUCAUCAUUGUUUAACACCCGUUACCGAUGUUUGAAGCUGGUUAUGAACGAAGACGAUGACUUCCUUACGCAUGUGGGCAUCGUUAACCGUGAAUGCGAACGGUUCCGGUUAAAGUCUUUAUCUGAAGACCAGUUCAAAGCCCUUAUCCUCAUUUGCAGCCUUCAGUCCCAGAAGUUCAGUGACAUAAGAACGCGACUACUAUGUCGAUUGGACCAAGAUCCAAAACUCACACUAAAUGACAUGGCUAAUGAAUAUCAACGCCUAGUAAAUCUACAACGAGACACGUCGAUGGUUGAGAGUGGUGGGUCUAGUCGAUCGGAAGUACGAGUAAUCCAAAAGACAACUAACCAGAAUCAGUGUGCUCCCGCUGCAUUCAGUCCAACUCAUUUCAGCCCAAUUCGACAGACCAGAACAAAUCCCUCCACUUCUUGCUGGCAUUGUGGUGCAUGGCACUACGUAAGGAAUUGCCCAUUUAAGCAACAUCGAUGCAGGAAGUGCAAGGUUGUUGGCCACAAGGACGGGUUUUGCCUUAAGAGCACACCAAAUCGAUCCAGUAAUACCAAAAAGACGGUUCCAAAGCCCUGUACCUCUUCUUUGAGCUUGGUAUCUUCUUGUCAGAGUUCAUCACCAGGUGAGAGGAAAUUCAUUAACAUUAAUAUUAAUGGACAUUUUUUUAGAUUGCAAAUAGAUACCGCAUCAGACGUCACCAUCCUCUCUCACAAAAAUUGGAUCAAAAUGGGUAGCCCAAGCCUGCAGCGAACAACUAAAAAGCCUCGUACCGCAUGUGGUAAUUUCCUACACUUAGCAGGACUAUUGGAAUGUAGAGUGACCUUCCGGGAGUCGUCAUUUACCGGGGUAUGUCAUAUAACUCCAGCUGAUCUAAAUUUACUUGGUUUAGAUUGGUUCGAUCAACUGAAAUUGGCUGAUGUCCCACUAAAUACCAUAUGCCACAUGAUAUCACAACCUCAUGGCACUGAAUCGUAUACCAGGAAGCUAAUGGCGCAGUUUUCAUCGAUUUUCCAGCCUGGUUUGGGACAGUGUUCUACCUUAAAAGCAACGCUUCGUUUGAAACCUGGAGCUAAGCCUGUCUUUCGUCCCAAAAGACCCGUGCCUUAUGCGACGUUACCAACAGUAGAUGAAGAAUUAAACCGCCUCCAACAACAAGAAGUAAUUACUCCCGUUUCUUACUCCGCCUGGGCAGCACCGAUAGUGGUCAUCAAGAAAGCAAACGGCACCUUACGAAUAUGUGCUGAUUUUUCUACAGGUCUAAAUGCAGCCCUUGAACAACACCACUAUCCCUUACCAGUUCCGGCAGAUUUGUUUACGAUGCUGAAUGGGGGAAAAUUCUUCGCAAAACUGGAUCUUGCUGAUGCUUAUUUGCAAGUUGAAGUAGACGAAGCAUCUAGGGAGCUGCUUACUAUCAACACUCACCGUGGGUUAUUUCAGUACAACCGUUUACCAUUCGGUGUCAAGACUGCACCAUCUAUUUUCCAACAAUUAAUGGAUACUAUCUUAUCGGGCAUCCCGGGAGUCGCGGCUUACCUUGACGACAUUCCAAUUGUUGCCGCAACGUUAGAACAGCUACAUGAACGAACGACAUCGGUACUGAAACGCAUUAGUGAAAACGGGUUCCGGUUACGACCUGAGAAAUGCCAGUUUUUAUUACGGUCCGUAAAGUAUUUGGGGUUUAUUUUUGAUGCUGACGGCCGCAGACCAAAUCCUGAAAAUGUCCAAGCGAUAAGACAGAUGCCCACACCCACGAAUAUCUCCGCACUGCGUUCCUUCAUGGGACUGGUCUCUUACUAUGCCGCGUUCGUCCCUUCAAUGCAUGACAUUCGUGCCCCACUGAAUGGCCUACUGAGCAAGAACAGUACGUGGAACUGGACUAAAGAGUGUGACGCAGCAUUCUGUAAACUGAAGUCCAUCAUCAGCUCGAAAUUGUUAUUAACGCACUACGAUCCAUGCAUGCCAAUCAUUGUAGCUGCAGAUGCCUCAGCGUAUGGCUUAGGAGCCGUCAUUUCUCAUCAGUUUCCAGACGCAACAGAGAAGGCUGUCAUGCACGCAUCCCGAACACUGACCCCGGCAGAAAGGAAGUAUAGUCAGAUAGAGAAGGAGGCUCUCGCCCUGGUGUUUGCGGUGCGGCGGUUCCACAAAUUUUUGUACGGUCGGAGGUUCACACUCCUUACGGAUCACAAGCCCCUUCUCGCAAUUUUUGGUUCGAAAUCUGGCGUCCCGGCCCACUCUGCAAACCGUCUCCAACGAUGGGCUUUGAUCCUCUUGGGGUAUGAUUUUGACAUUCAGUAUCGACGCACCAAACAAUUUGGUCAAGCAGACGCAUUGUCACGACUCAUCAACGAACACUCUACGACCGAUGAAGAUGCCGUUAUCGCUUCUCUUUCGACAGAAGACCACGCGCAAUGCUACCUGACAACCGCUGUUCGUGCUUUGCCAGUCUUAGAAUCUGAGAUACAAACUGCUUCCAGAAACGACCCCGUCAUUAAGAAAACGAUGAACUACGUCACCAAUGGCUGGCCAUCAACUGAACUUGACGGUGACAUGAAGCAGCUUUACCAUCGUCGUGACUCAUUAUGUGUCGUAAAUGAAUGCUUGAUGUUUGGAGAUAGAGUGAUGGUGCCAGAAUCCCUACGACCGAGGGUGCUGAAGCAAUUCCACAUUGGUCAUCCAGGCAUAAAGCGUAUGAAAUCCAUCGCCAGAAGCUAUGCUUACUGGCCCCUCAUGGACCAGCAUAUCGUGGAUCUAGUAAACAAAUGUGCUCAGUGUCAACAAGCUGAAAAGUCCAAUGCGAAGGUACCGCCGGUCCCAUGGCCACAGCCUGAGCAUCCCUGGUCUAGGAUGCAUAUCGACUUUGCCGGUCCAGUCAACGGAACCACAUAUCUUGUCGUGGUCGACGCCUUCUCAAAAUGGCCGGAGAUUGUUCCCGUCACUCCACCAACGACCACCCAGACUCUGAAACAUUUGACUGAGUUGUUCGCACGAAACGGAUUACCGGAAGUGAUUGUAUCCGACAACGGUUCGCAGUUCACCUCGGCGCAGUUCCAAGAGUUCUGCAAACGCCUAACCAUCAGGCAUCUUCGCGCCCCACAUUACCACCCACAAUCGAAUGGGCAAACGGAAAGGUUCGUGGAUACGUUCAAGAGGGCUCUGAUUAAGUCAAAAGGGGAGGGGACGCCAGUGGAAACACUGCAAAAUUUUUUAUUUGCCUACAGAACGACCCCCAACGACACGCUGCCGGAGCAGAAGUCCCCCGCAGAGAUCCUCAUGGGAAGACGGCUGAGGACCAUUCACAACUUGAUGCUGCCGAAAUCCACACCACCACUAAUACAAACCACGUCCCGGAAGCUACCCACGUACAACGUUGGAUGCCCAGUAUUCGCUCGGGACUACAGAGCAAAUCGUGACCCUUGGAUCGAAGCACGUGUGGUUAGACGGGUGGGAGAAGUCAUGUAUGAGGUUGAGGUAGGAACGGACAGAUGGACCAGACAUCGAAAUCAACUACGCAAGCGGUUAACACCAGAGCGCCCAUCGACCGAAGUAAACAUUCCGCUGGACGUACUAUUGGAUACAUUUAAUCUGCCGGCAGUCCCAACGCAUGAAGAAGCACAAAAGGUCGAUCUACGGUCCCGAAGAUGGUCACUGCGCCAACGGCGACAAACAGUUAGAAUGCAGGUGGACCCAAAGAAUGUCGGUUACUAAAAAGGGGAGGUGUUGGGGAUGUCAAAUCCCCAGAACUUACUUGGUAAAUGGCUUAAUCUUGUAGUUUUAUUUUGAAAUUUGAAUUUAGCUGUUUUCGCGCCAAAAGCGCUCUUUUUACCUUCACGUCAUAUUUCCCACCUGUAAACUAUCUUAACCGCUAUUGGUCCAUUGUUUCUUUGUGUGUGCUAUUUACCAGUGAUGCUCAAGGAUAAAUUGUUGUUGUAUAAAUGCGCUUGACUUUUUCCCUUAUUUGAUUGCUUGUACUCGGCUGCUUACGGAAUACAUAUAUAUUCCCCUACUUGCCUUGGACUUCUUCAUCUAGUUAGCGGGGCCUGGGACAACAGAUUAGAGUAGCUUAUCGUGUCAUUGGCUUUCGUUCGUUACCGCGGAAUCGAUUUAGUGUCAAGCAUAACAUUCAGACACCGGCCCACCAAGGGUAGUGAAAAACAUACACCUCCUCUUAUGAUCACCCCAUCCAUGACUUAGAACAAAUUUCAAACGACAUUUUUCAGUCAGAGAGGGAGAAACUCAACUGAAGUAUUAUUGGAUAGCGUUUAGGAGACUGCAUUCUACCUGUAUCCGCUUACAUCUACAUAGUCCAAGUCAAUGAGUGUCCUAAUGUAGAUGAUUCCUUGAAGAGUCGGAUCUGAAACGAAUAACCUCUAAGAAAAUAACUAUGACAAGAUGGUGUUUUUAACAUUGAUCUUGAAGUAAAAGAAUAAGUUUACAGUGGGAAGUUGAAAGAUAUGCGUAUGAUUGAAAUCUGAUAGAGUAAAUGCACGGACUAAAUACGUUCACCAUUAGGUCAAAAAUCUACCUGGUCGUUUCAAAUUAACUAUACCGAAUCUUCAUUAAGCCAUCAUUAGAUGGUUUUCACAAAUUAAUUUAUGUCUUGUAGAAGAAACUACGUCCGAUUUUCAAUCAAUCUAAACGAUAAUAUUAGAUAAUCAUUUUUAUAAACCACUAGAAAUUAAGUCGAUCAAGGUCUACUUCUCUCUAUAAGCUUUCAGAGUUGAAUAUCCAACAUCAUGCACUCAUUCAAACCAAUCAAUUUGACAAAAUAUGAACAAUACUCAACCACUCUACUCUUUGAAGACUUCAAUAAAUCCAUACAUCCAAGUGUAUCUGAAACACCUAAUUUACAAAAAAAAUCAUAUCGUUAAAUAAUGCAAACCAUUUUAUGUCAGAUAUCAUCACUACAAUGACCAUUAUUAGUCAUUGAGAUCUAUAUUAUUAUUUAAGACAAUCAGGAUGAUUAACUUUUCAUAGUUGAAAUUAUUAGUCAAUUGAAGCUAGACCACCAGGGAAAACCUGAGAGCACUGGACGGCCGUUUCGUCCUAUUGUGGGACUUCUCAGCAGUGCGCAUCCACGACUUCGCCUGAUGAGGAGUUCCGAAAUAGGACGAAACGGCCUUUCAGUGCUUUCAGGUUUUCCCUGGUGGUCUAACUUCAAUUGACUCACAUUUUCAACUAUGAAAAUACUAAAUCUCCACAAAAAAAAACCUCUUGAUGAUUAACUUUUGUUUACACUUAAACAACUAAUUAAUACUCAGGCCAAAUAAAAAUAGAUCUAAACAACAAAAUAUCUAGUCAAAUCCAAUCACUAUGAUUAUGAGUUUUACUCUAUGUUUGUUUCUGUCGUUGUAUUAAUCAUUAUAAGAUGACUCAUUAUAUCGUGUGUAUUCUUCAAUGUUAUGACUAAACGGGAACUCUUUUUUUUGCCAAUUUAACUUUGGUUGGAACUAUUUAUUUCAUUUUGUGCAAUGUAUGUCAUCCAAUUUUAUGUAUUAUUUCUUUUCUCUAUUUAAAGUGCAUGAUUACCGACACACACACACACAUACAUUCACACACACACACACAAGUCGAUGCAAUAAAGAUAUUAUUCUCCUGUCAUAAAAGUUAGAAACCCAACUAAAAAAAGUAGUAUGCUGAUGAUGAUGUAUGUGUAUCUAUGCCUAUAUAUGUAAAAAUGCAUCAUAAAAUGUAUCCAUAAUACACAAAGAAAGGUAGUAUUGAUUUACAUAUUGUUUAUGACAUAAAGGAGUUAUGAGAUUGGGACAGAAGUAUAGUCUAAUAACAAAAUUAGUUAGUUGGAUUUCAGAGCCAGAGCCCUUAACCGAUAGAC